GGGCGGAGCGCGCUAUGGAGUCGGCCUAGGCGCGGCCCUCGGCUCCCCGCUCCGGGCCCUGUGCCGGGCCCGCAGGUGAGGGCCGCCGGGGCGGGGGGGCGCGGUCGCCGGGUCCCUUCGGGCCGCUUCCCUGCCGCCGGGCGCCCUGGCUUCGCGGCGGUUAAGGAGUUACUGGGCCCGUCGCUCCAUUGCGCAGCGCUUAUUUGCCUCCACCCUUUGAGCGGCGAGGCGGGGCCGCCCGUCCGUGCGGCUCAGGCGGAGCCACGGCCUGCCCCGCCGCGGUGUGCCUGGCUGCCCGCGGCUCCGGCGCGCCCCUUUCCCGCGGGCCGUCGCCGCAGCCUGCGCGGAGAUCCGCCUCGGCGGGAGGGAGGGUAAGGGCGGACGCUGAAGCGCUCCCCGAGCGUGGCUUCUCGAGGGAUGAAAGGGAAACCCCUGCCCUGGCGUUUCACGGCUCUGCCUGGGGUGCGGUUCCUCUGAGGCUGGCUGUGCGCUGAGAUACUGGUUGUGCUUGGAAGAUAGUGAGUGGCGUGGAGUCUGGCUGGCAACCAAGUUGCUGGUAAAAACACGAAAACAAAUUGAGAGGGAUAGUUCCUGCAUCUUAUCAGAUCUGAGCGCUGAGCUUCCCUUGUGCGCAUCGGUUUGCAGUUCUGUGGAUAGGUCUGAGAUGGAGUUUCAGGUCAGUACAGACAUGAUGACAUCAAAAUGCAAAAAGGCAGAUACACGUGAAAAUUAUUGGUGUCACUUCUGCUCGUCCUCUGCUCGUGGAAUUUUUGAAGGUAUUAAAUAAAAUAUGCUGUUGUCAAUAGGAAUGCUGAUGUUGUCUGCCACUCAGAUAUACACUAUUUUGACUGUUCAGUUAUUUGCUUUCCUGAAUCUUUUACCCGUGGAGGCAGAUAUUUUAGCAUAUAACCUUGAAAAUGGAACCCAGACCUUUGAUGAUCUACCUGCUAGAUUUGGCUACAGACUGCCAGCAGAAGGCUUGAAGGGAUUCCUAAUAAAUUCCAAACCAGAGAAUGCAUGUGAGCCUAUAGCCCCACCUCCGCUGAAGGACAACUCGUCCAGUGCUUUUAUUGUGUUGAUUCGAAGGCUUGAGUGCAACUUUGAUAUCAAGGUUUUAAACGCACAGAGAGCUGGAUACAAGGCAGCUAUAGUUCACAAUGUUGAUUCUGAUGACCUCAUAAGCAUGGGAUCCAACGACAUUGAGGUUUUAAAGAAGAUUGACAUUCCUUCUGUCUUUAUUGGCGAGACAUCAGCUAAUUCUCUUAAAGAAGAAUUUACUUAUGAAAAGGGUGGCCAUGUUGUGUUAAUCCCAGAGUUCAGUCUUCCUUUGGAGUACUACUUAAUCCCUUUCCUAAUAAUAGUAGGGAUCUGUCUUAUUCUCAUCGUCAUAUUUAUGAUCACAAAAUUCGUGCAAGACAGACACAGAGCAAGAAGGAAUCGGCUUAGGAAGGAUCAGCUUAAGAAACUUCCUGUACAUAAAUUUAAGAAAGGAGAUGAAUACGAUGUAUGUGCCAUUUGUCUGGAUGAAUAUGAGGAUGGAGACAAGCUGAGAAUCCUUCCAUGUUCUCAUGCGUAUCACUGCAAGUGUGUGGACCCGUGGCUGACAAAAACAAAAAAAACAUGUCCUGUAUGUAAGCAGAAAGUGGUCCCUUCUCAGGGGGACUCUGACUCCGAAACAGACAGUAGUCAAGAAGAGAAUGAAGUAUCUGAAAAUACUCCUUUGCUUAGACCGUUAGCCUCAGUUAGCACUCAGUCAUUCGGGGCUUUGUCAGAAUCUCAUUCCCAUCAGAACAUGACCGAGUCCUCAGAAUAUGAGGAAGAUGACAAUGACAAUAUUGAUAGCAGUGAUGCAGAAAAUGGAAUGAACGAAGAAAGCGUAGUGGUUCAGCUACAGCCCAAUGAUGAAAGGGAGUACAGAGUGGCAAAUACUGUUUGAGACUACUAACUAUGAAUAGUGUAUGAACAAAAGCGUUCUUAAGACUAUACUUUACAAACCUUUAUGUAGGGAAUAUAUUUUAAUCUGUAAUCCAUUCAGUUUCUUCAGUAGGAGCAGCAGUUCAUGUAGUAUUCUAUGGUUAAAUUGUUACAGAUAGAUUUAUUUUUGAUUCAGGUAUUCAGUCACACAUUCUGUCUUCUCAAAAUGAACAGUUUAACUGGACUUCACAACGCUAAUGAACAAUGUUAAUAGUUUAUAUCAAUAGAAAUAUCACACAGAUUCUAAAUGUAUCUUGUUGACACGGGAUUUAUCUGGAAGUAAUUUUUUUCAAUUUUGUAGCUACAACUGGGUCAUACUGAUAGCAAUAUUUAUUACAUGUAUGGUAUGUGUUACCUUUAAGCCCAACAGAAAAUGUAUUUGCAUGUUUGUAUAGAGUUUUCCUAAAAAAUGUCACCACUACUGAAAGAAAAAUGUAGAACAGAUCGAUAUUCUAUAUGCUGGUGUAUCAAAACAAAGCAGAAGAAAUUCCACUUUUAUCUCAAAGCAGCGAUUCCAAAUAGUCCUUUGGAAUUUGCCACAGUAGCCAAGUUUAAGCAGUUUCCAUCGAGCAAUUCCUAGGAUAAGGAAACUUAGACUAUAUGUUCAGUUUGAGUAGCUCACUAGGUACGAUCUGACCCACCAUAAACACAUCAAUUAUCCCUACUUGCUACUACGCGUAGUCUGGUUUCCAGUGAUAACGUGGGAGUUGGGGGGUGACCAAAACAGAGGUUUUGUUCCACGUAGAAAAAUAAUGUAGGUAAGUAUUCUAUUGAUCCUCAACUCAUAUACCUCUUACUAAAGAGCAUUUUAUGCUGCAUUAGUCUGCUAAACUAUGUAUAUAGAAAAAUUGUUCUUUUCAAAUACCUGAUUUGAAAACAAGUGCUUAUAACUGUUUAACAGAACUCAGUACUUACCAGUGUAUCAUGAAAAAAGUAAAUGAUAUAUAAUACCUCUGUAACUAUGUAGAAAGUAAAAACAUACAUAUAAUCAAAAUGCAGAGAUUUUUUUAUAUGGCCUUGAAUAAGGAAAGCUUGAAAGAAUGUUAAUAAACAUGUUUUCCACUUUACAUAUCAAA